AUGGCAACAGGUGGAUCUAAUGUCAGAAGAAGAAAUGGACCCGAGAUGCAGUCUCGCAACCAGAAUUUAUUCGGUACGGGCUCGAGACUGCCUGGAACGUUUGACACAUCGUCUACGGAUUACAACACGAGGGGGGUUGCGGAGAGUCAAAGUUGCGAAUGCCCCCCAGGCCCUUGUUAUUGCAACGGGCAGUCUAGUUAUACAGCUAGACGCCGAGCCGAGGAGAGAAUAACAAUUGAGGCUAUAGCUGCCGCCGAUAUUGUAGAGCAAAACUCUGGCUCCAGAGGCCAAUUUGACUUUGGGUUGGGUGCAGGGUCUACAUCUGAUAAUAUCGCAGAGUCUCGCUCGAGGCAUUCAUCUCGUCCUAGGCAUUCAUCUCAUUCAAGGCGGUCUUCCCAUUCGAGACAUUCUUCCCGAGAACGAGGACGCACCCGGAGUGUAUCCAACGACGAUACUGUGGUAGCACAGACCGAAGCCUCUGAAAUUUUGAACGGUACCAACCCCGAUUUCGAGAUGCCGCAAUAUGUGACAUAUAGGGAUCUAAUAACCCACCCAGCUUCAGGUCAAUAUGAGGGCAUCAGGAAUACAUAUCAGAAACCGUGGUGGAAGGAACCCGGUCUUCGAAAGCUGAACCUUACCAUUGGGACUCUAUAUCUCUCCGCAGUAGGUAAUGGGUAUUGUAGUAGUGUAAUUGGAGGGCUUUUAAACAUUGAUUCUUUUCGAAGCCUAGCUAAGGUCUCAGAUCAUUUUGCCAUGCGUACCUUUUUACUAAUCACCUACCUACCGAUCGGUGCUAUUUGCUCAUUGCUUCCAGCGGCAUUGUUCAGCGAUAAGCAGGGCCGGCGAGCAGCCCUUCUGCUUGGCUCAGGUAUCAUGAUCGCUGCAGCACUCAUGCAAGGUUUGGUCUGCUCCAAUUAUACUUGCGUGAGCGUUACACGUGUAGCUCUUGGAGCGGGGAUAGGGGUAUGCCAAGUAGCUGCACCAACACUAGCCCUUGAAAUCGCUAUUCCCCGACACCGCGACUUCGUUGGUAUUUAUUAUAAUGCAUUUUGGUACUUGGGAUCGGUCAUCUCAGCUAUAGUCACAUAUGCUGCUGCACGCUACCGAAUGGAUAGUAUAUGGGGGUGGAGGGUACCUUGUGUUAUACAGGGACUUUUUCCGUUUCUUCAGCUCCUUUUCGCCAUAUACCCCGGUAUCCCCGAAAGUCCGAGGUAUUUAUGUUCCAUAUUAAAAAACCAUGAGGCCUUGCGUGUAGUCGCAAGAUAUCAUGGUGAGGAUGAUGACUUUGUAGAUAGCGAAGUUUCGACGGAUAGGUGGUACAAACGCAUUUGGAAGGGCUUAUUUUCAACUUCUAAACAAGUGGAACGGGAAGAGAGGGAAGAACCAAAUACGCGGGAAGAAGGUGCGGGGGGGAGGCAAGGGGAGACUUUGAUGAGGAGAGAAAUUUCAGCCGAUAAACUGGCAGUUUUACAGGAGAUAGAAAGCAUUAAAGUAGUCCUCCGAAGUGAAGAGUACCAUGCACGUCUGGAACGUGGUGAUGAGGACCUUGGUGAAUUGGCGCAUUACAAAUAUGAGGGAAUGCACAAGCAAAAAGUUAGAUACCGCGAAAUUUUCAAAGGUUCCAAAAACUUGAAAAGGUUUUUUAUAGCCGUGUUCGUCGGUGCCAUGAUUCAAUGGGCGGGAAAUGGUGUCGUUGGCUGGUAUCUUUACCCGACUUUCAACUCACUUGGUUUUCGAAAUCAAACCGAGGCAGCGAUUAUAAAUAUAGGUUUACAAGUUUGGAAUCUUAUUUGGGCUACUGUGGGUGCAUUUUUGAGUCUCUGGAUUAGACGCCGCACUCUUUGGUUAACGACAACAUUCGGAAUGAUGAUACCUAUCGCUGGUAUCGCUGGGGUUCUGUCACAAGUUGGGUAUGUUGUUGAGGUUCUUCCGUAUCGAUGGCGCUCGAUUGGACUCGCUGUGAACUGGUGCUCGGUGAUGUUAUUCGGCACUUUUCAACAGUUUAUAGCCGCCGUAGGAAUAAAGUCGAUGACAUGGAGGUACUAUUUGGUCAACAUUGGUAUUCUCGCCUUCUUUAUGAUUGUGGUUUGGUUUUUCUUUCCGGAAACUCAGGACGUUCCUCUUGAAAUGGUUCAGUUUAUUUUCGACAAGGAGCACCAGGAAGCGAUCCAAAAGGCCAGAGUAAAAGGAGCAAAGAAGAGAAAGGCAGAACUGAGGAGGAUAUAUGGGAUAGGAAGUCAGAGGAAUAUGGACGAGGAGUCUGAGGUAGGAACGGGGUCUACGAACGGGAUAACUCUGUUAGAAGGUCUAGUCAAGAUGGUUCUAUGA